AUCUCAAUAUGCUUGUUUUUAUGCGGUGUUUAUACGGGCGAUUACUUCCAUUGAUCCGAUUAUCGGUGCUGGCUGGCGAGCCUGGCGAGGUCUCCGGGAUUUGUCUGUAGCUCGGCUAACUAGGGGCUGAGGCGGCUCUAAGAAGCUAGCGACCUAGCCGGGGAGUUCACCGCCGAGCGCCGGAGCCGACGUGGGGUCAGCGCGUGUUUUGGCACGAAGCGUCGAUCCAGGGUAGCGGGCGAUGCUAGGCGUCGGUGCACGGACAGGGUCACUCGUUUCGGGAGGCGACACUGCUCCAUGUCAAGACGAACCCCAGGUUCCGAUGGAUACCCUUGGCUAGGCCAGUGCCGUGUCGGCGUCGGAGCCGACUUUGUACCGUGUAGUGCUGGAUAUAAACAAGCCUGAGGGAAGCUUCAUUGAAGCGCACUAGCAGCGACUCCUGAGUUGUGAGCCAGAAGAGGAGAAGCUUGGCUAAUGACGAGCAUGACAUUACGCCAAACCACCGAUGCAUGCACGCUCGUCUGAGCGCCAUCCCCUCUGCUUUCCGGCUCCGAACCAGACUUUCAGAGGGGGUGUGGCAUCGGGACAUAGCUAGUCCCCUGCACCCCCGAGUGCCCCCACACUGUGAGACUGGAGGCCCGUGAUGGAUCAGGCUAGUAGCGAGCAGAGCCCAGAGGAGCCUGACGCCGGAGGCCGCUCGGAGACGGAGGCCGGCAGGCGGGCGUCGGAGACGGAGCACGGUUUGUCCAAAAUCACCCACAAUGCCCGGGAAAACAUGGGCGCUCUGGGCCACGGGCUGAAGCAGUUCUUCCAGCCCCAGCGCCGGCGCUCCUCCGUCUCCCCGUAUGACGCCACGGCGCCCCUGGCCCCUGCCCCUGACCCCGCCGACCCAGGGCCAGAGGCCGGGGACCCCCCCGCCUCCUCGGGGCCCCCCGUGGACUCUGACAACCCUGCCGCUUCCGCUCCCCCCGCAGCUCUGAGUCGCGUCCUGCAGCAGAUCCGCGGCGCCCCACCCAUGAUGAAGCGAGGAACCAGCCUGCAGAGCCGCCGCAGCAAGGCGGCCGGGGGGGCCGGGGAGCUCCCCCAGAAAGGAAGCCCCCAGAUCCACCGCCGGAGCACCCACGAGGCCCUGCUGCAGGCCGGGCGCCCGCGCUCCUCCUCCACCACCGACACGCCCACCUGCCCUGCCCUGGCGGACAUACUGCUCACGUCGGGUUACCACUCCACGGAGGAGCCGGACAAGCUGGAGCGCUGCGACGGCUCUGGCCCCGCCGUCUCACCCAUCGCCCUCUCCUACGGGGCGGACGGCUACGGGCUGGACGUGGUGGACGGCACGCCGGACCCCCAGAGGACCAAGCUGGCCAUCGCCCACCUGCAGCAGAAGAUCCUCAAGCUCACCGAGCAGAUCAAGAUCGAGCAGACGGCGCGCGACGACAACGUGGCCGAGUACCUCAAGCUGGCCAACAACGCCGACAAGCAGCAGAGCGCGCGCAUCAAGCAGGUGUUCGAGAAGAAGAACCAGAAGUCGGCGCAGACCAUCCAGCAGCUGCAGAGGAAGCUGGAGCACUACCACCGCAAGCUGCGCGAGGUGGAGCACAACGGCAUCCCCCGCGCGCCCAAGGACGUGUUCCGGGACAUGCAUCAGGGACUGAAGGACGUCGGAGCCAAGCCCAAGUGUUUGUUUACCCAGUUCUGCCCCCUACAGGUGACCGGGGGCCUCUCCAGCUUCUCUCACGCCACUCACUCUGCCGCCGGCGCCGUGGUGUCCAAGCCCAGGGAGAUCGCGUCCCUGAUCCGCAACAAGUUCGGCAGCGCGGACAACAUCGCGGGCCUCAAAGACUCCCUGGACGAGACCCAGGGGGACGAGUGCGUGGGCCCCGGGGCCGCCCGGACCCUCGGCGCGGGGCAGCUGCAGUCCAGCCCCAAGUACGGCAGCGAGGACGAUUGCUCGAGCGCCACGUCCGGUUCGGCGGGGGCCAUCAGCGCCACCGGGGCCCCCGGGGGCCCCCCCAGCUCCAAAGGGAACACCCUGGAGCACGGCCAGGCGUCCGGCUUCGACGCGCUGCUCCACGAGAUCCAGGAGCUGCGGGAGAACCAGGGUCGGAUAGAGGAGUCGUUUGAGAUCCUGAAGGGCCACUAUCAGAGGGACAACACAAUGAUCAUGGAGUCCCUCCAGGAAGAGAGAUUCAGGUGCGAACGCUUAGAAGAGCAACUCAAUGACUUAACAGAACUGCAUCAAAAUGAAAUCCUGAACUUGAAACAAGAGCUAGCCAGCAUGGAGGAGAAGAUUGCUUACCAGUCUUAUGAAAGAGCUAGAGAUAUACAGGAGGCACUAGAGGCCUGUCAGACCCGGAUCUCCAAGAUGGAGCUGCAGCAGCAGCAGCAGCAGACGGUGCAGCUGGAGGGCCUGGAGAACGCCACGGCGCGCACCCUCCUGGGCAAGCUCAUCAACGUGCUGCUGGCCGUCAUGGCCGUGCUAUUGGUGUUCGUCUCCACCGUGGCCAACUGCGUGGUCCCCCUGAUGAAGACGCGCAGCCGCACUUUCACCACACUGCUCCUGGUGAUCCUGCUCGCCUUCCUCUGGAGAAACUGGGAGGCCAUCUCGCAGUACACGGACCGCUUCCUUUUGCACCCCAGAUGACCUGCCCCCCGUGGGGCUAUGGGUCGCUGAAAAGACGAUACAGGGGGUGUACAGUGUUGGGAGGGGAAUAUAUCAAAGCCAGGUGUAUCCCAGGGUCUGCCCCCCACUGGCCCUCCUCCCGCUCCACUUCAAUAGGCGCUGCACACAAUGUUUAGUGUGAGCGUCACCAAGAAGAAGAAUGAAAGGGGGCCGAAACGACCAAGUUCGGAUUUGCCGUUGGGGCAAUCACUAUAUACCUUUGGUGCAAUGUUGGCGUGGAUGAAAGAGGAUGGGUGCAUACGUUGAAGGGGCAGAGAACAGCACACUUGACUUCUCUCUCCUGAGUGAAUUUGUUUACACAUUUUUUUAAUUCUAUGGGAAAAAUUGUAUUAAACUUUUAUUGGUGUAGUGGAUUCAAGUGAAAUGGAUUUGUCACAAUUUGAUAAGCUGUUGAUUUUAAGGGUGUUCCUCUUAUUGACCUUCAGUGAUAAUCAGCAGUUCACUUGAUUUUGUUUUUAUGUUUUGCUUCAUUUUUUUGUUUUUAAAUGGUAUUGAAUCAUCUACUUUAUCUUCCACCCAAAUAUUUUCAGCUCAUCCCAAAAAAACAUCUUCUGUUCCAACUCAGAAGGAAGGCAGGACAAGGUGCUGACAGAUCAACUGCACUGCUAUGGAAACAAAACCGCUCGGCACUGGAUUGAUUUGUGGUGAAUCUUUCGACAUAUCGUUAUUAGCGUGUGAAGUCAUUAACACUGGUUACGACCGGGGCAAGGAAGUGGACGUCUAGGCUAAACGUUUGAAGGCUAAAAUGUUGGCUGCCACGGUCCUGACUGCAUUGCCACUGCAGAAAAAUAAUCUAUGAACUGAAUGAACCUACUUGAAGAGCGAUGGAAAUGCUCAAAGACUCAGUGCUUCCGUACUGUUUCUAUUGGUGAAGAGUAAUGCUUUUUAGUUGACUUUUUAUUUUUUAAAAAUAAACAUCCUGUUUUAAAAGUGA